UUAUCGUUAUAAUGCACUCAACUUAAGAUUAUUCAUCAUGGAAGCUUAUUGCUAUUUUGUGCUGAAAAUGAUCGUUGGGACACUCCUCUUUUGCACAGGGUCAGCAACAAAUGACGCUGUGGAAACUACCGAGCACGUUCCAUUCCCGCUUUUUUCCGCUGAACCGGUAACACGUGAUCAGUGCACGGCACAGUUUACCGAUAACUGCUACCCCGAGGUGGGCACAGUUGCGGAUUGUCCAUCGAGGCAGGGCUUGCACAUCAGCUGCAAUCGGAAUGCAUCGGCCGAGGAAAUUGAGCAGAUGGCAGUGGCCAUGUCUCAACCACCAACAAAAGCAGUCAAGAUCACCUUGUACGACGGAGACCUGGUCAUUGGAAAGAAUUUGGCCGCAAUACGAGAACGUGUUGUAAUUCUUGAUAUUUCGAACUUUACUUCCGUCCGGACGACGGGGAAGCUGCCCAAACUGCGACUGCCGAAUGUGCUGGAUUUUAAGUUGCAUAACUGCUACAAUCUGGAGAUCGUAAGGUCAGACUUCUGGCAAUCCAUGCAGCUGCACGUAAUCGCAUUUGCCAAUACGACAAUCGCGUCGCUGGAAAGGAACACAUUUACCGACCUCCCGGCUCUGCAGGGGAUUUCGCUCGAAGCCUACCUGGGAACAAUAAUGAAUGUGUUCAAUGAGCCGAUGCGCGGAUUCCUGCAAAGAUUACACUGCGGAUGCGAGUAUGAAUGGUAUCGGAAAUGGUGGGCCACCAGGAAAAUGUUACAUCAAGCAGCCAAAGGAGACAUCUAUCAGACAGGAGGAAAUUCUUGGGACAACGAAGAACGCAAUAAAACCGACAUGUAUCUUCCAAUUAAUUGCGCAAUUGAUCCAUUUCCAGUGGAUGUAGCAGCUAUCGAUUUCACACAGGAAAGCUUUACGGUUAACGAAGAUUUCUAUCUCGAUAAGUGGCACAGCGGCUGUGGAAAUGGCAGUGAAAAUUCUGAAGAAUCCUAUCCCGAGUUCUCCACGGAACCAAUGAGUUCAGAAGAAAUUGCGGUAUCCAAUAUAGCUGCUUGUUCCUACUACUAUCCUUCCGUUCCGAACGCGUAUAACGCGUACGGUUUGGUGGACAUUUGCCAGGAGUGGGAAGGAGCGAACUUUAGCGACUCUCGUGUGGACAGGAUUCGCCAGGUAUCCCUAUCCAUUGCUAAAUUACCGCCACGCCCGGUCGCUCUGUUAAUUGGUGGAAAUCGUACGUCAGUGACUUUUGAUGAUUUAGCCCCCAUACGCAAGCAGGUAGUCCGACUCAUGGUGUCAUCUUGCAGCAAUUCCCGAGCAACCAAAACACUCGCUGUUCUCCGUUUAACUAACCUGCUAGAAUACGAGAUCAUAAAUUGCGAUGAUUUGGACGUAAAAAAUAACGAUUUCCUUCAUUCGAAGAAACUGCGUGUGAUUUUUUUUACUUAUACGACCAUCCGCACGCUGUAGACGGGUACGUUCACCAAUUUACCGGCGCUGAAGGUGCUGUCGUUGGAGUGCUAUGUGUAUAGAGAAGACACGUUCAGCCAACCGAUGCGUGAAUAUUUAUGGAGAAUCCACUGCAGUUGUGAAUGGGAGUGGUAUCGGCGGUGGUGGACAAAAAAUCCCGCGCUGCUGCCGGAAAUGGAUGGCGCAGGCGUUUGGAACUUUUUGUAUUCGGAGAGCAGUGUCAUGUACAAUCGAACGGACAUCUACAUACCCAUUGACUGCGCCGUUCCCAUUCCCCACGGAGCACAACAGAUUAACUUCAGCCAGAUUGAAUAUUCAAAGAACGCAAAAAUCUGCUAAAAGUUACCUCUAAAUACCAAGCAAAGGAUUGAAGUAUUCACGCCACUUUGCACCCACUCUAAACUGGACGUUUUUAAAUUUUCACGUAGGUUUGCAUGAAAAUAUCGUAGUCUGCCAGGUGACAAUUACUGAUGAUCAUUGAUUAUAGAUCCAUAACGUGUAUAGAUCCAUAACGUGUAAAUUAUUGUCCAGAUGAACGAACGAAUUUCGCCAUCAUAUAGUUAUGUCCAGUAUAUACAAUAUUAGACUGGCUACGUUCUUUGUGUUUGGUAAAUUGCUGACGUACUGCAAUAAUCAGAAUUUUUAUCGUUUUUAUUUAAAGUACUGUGCUUGUACAUA